AUGCCUUCUUAUAAUAUUAAUAAUAAUCAAAAAAAUAGUAAAAAAAUGUCAUCUUCAUCAUCAUCAUCAUCAUCAUCAUCACCAUCAUCAUCAUCAUCAUCGUCAUCAUCGUCAUCACCAUCAUCAUCAUCAACAACAACAUCAACAACAACAACUACUUCAACAACUCCAACAAGUUUAUCACCAUCUCAAACUUCACAGCAACAACAACAACAACAACAACAACAAUCCACAUCACCAAAUUUAUCAAGAAAUAAUAGUUUUCAAUUCCUUCAUUCUUUUUAUGAUACAUUUUUUUCAAAACUAUCAAAGAGCGGAGUUCCUCCAUCAAAUGUACUACAAACAUCGUCAACAUCAGUUUUUUCAGCACCAUCAUCAUCACUUUUAACCUCUAAUAGUUUAAAUAGUAUUGGGUCAUUGAUAUCCCCAUUAUCACCAACCUCAUCAUCAGUAUUAUCAAAUUCAACUUCAUCAAUUCCUCAACCAUUAAAUUCAACACCAACUUCACCUCAAACAAAUUCUUCAUCAUCAUCAUCAUCAUCAUCUCCACCAUCUUCAUCAAAUAAAAUUGGUAAAAUAGUAUCUAAAAAGCAUAAAUCAGUAAAUGAUUCAAAUGGUAGUAAUGAUGAUGAUCAUGGUAAUAAUAUGCCAUCAACAGGUUCAAUCCAUUUCUUAUUUAAAAAAGUUUCAAAUCUAUCAUUAGAUAGUCAUAGUAAUAAUAAUAAUAAUAAAAACAAUGGUACAAAUACUACAAAUGGUUUUAAAGAAUAUUUCGAACCAAAUAAAUAUUUCCCAUUAAUUUCAUCAACCAUGGAUGAUGAGUCAAGUAAUAAUAAUUUAUAUUUCCCAAUUCACGAAUUACCAGAAGAAAUCAUUGUUAAAAUCAUUAGUUAUUUUUCAUUGGAUACAAUUUUUAAUAUGUCAUUAGUAUCAAUGAAUUUUUAUAGAUUAACUCAAGAUUACGACUUAUGGAAAAAAAAAGUUUUAAAAAGAUGGGGAAAACCUUGUAUCAUUACAAAUAAUAAUAAUAAUAAUAAUAAUAAUAAUAAUAAUAAUAAUAAUAAUAAUAAUAAUAAUAAUAAUAAUAAUAAUAAUAAUAAUAAUAAUAAUAAUAAUAAUAAUAAUAAUAAUAAAAAUCAAUCACAAAAUACACCACCAUCACCACCAGGUCAACCACAAUAUAUUCAAAGAUUACAUCAACAACAACAACAACAACAAAAACAACAACAACAACAAGAAAAACAAAAACAAAUAAUUGAAAUACCAAAAAUUUCAAUAUUAGAUAAAAAGGAAAUAUUUGAUUCACAAUGGAAAAAUUAUUAUCAAUUAAAAACUUUAUGUACAUCAGAAAGGGGUCAAGUAUUUUCAAGUGUAAUAAAGUUGAAAGGAGUUAUACCAACACCAAGAUAUCAACAUACAGGUACAGCCGUUGGCAACUAUAUAUAUUAUAUAGGUGGUCAGGAAACUCAAAUGAGAAGAUUUGGUGAUAUUUUCAGAUUCGAUACUGAAAAGAAUCGUUUUAGUAAAGUGGAAGUCACGGGUGUAACUCCACCAAAGUUUGCACGUCAUACAAGUGUAGCAAUCAAGAAUAAGAUUUUUGUAUUUGGUGGAUUCGAUGGUAGUGGAGUCUAUUUCGAUUUAUCAAUUUUCGAUACAGAGAAAUUAUCAUGGAGUUGUCCAAACGUUAGUGGUACUCCACCACGUUCACGUACCAAUCAUGCUGCCACUUCAAUCGGUGAUAAACUCUAUGUUUUCGGUGGUAUCAAUAGAGAUGGUCGUUGGGAGUUACAGGAUUUGGAUGAGUUUUUCGUUUUCGAUACAGUUUCAUUAUGUUGGUCGGAAAUUAAAGCCACAGGUGAUAUACCCUCAGCACGUUGUGGUCAUCGUUUGGUUUCAAUUGGUACAAAACUUUAUAUGUUUGGUGGUGGUGCUGGUGAUUCAUGGCGUGAACGUUUUAAUGAUAUUCAUAUAUUUGAUACAGAAACAAAUGUAUGGCGUCGUGUUGUAAAUAAUCCAAUAGUAAAUAAUAAUCAAAAUCAAAAUCAAAACCAAAACCAAAACCAAAACCAAAACCAAAACCAAAACCAAAACCAAAACCAAAACCAAAACCAAAACCAAAACCAAAACCAAAACCAAAACCAAAACCAAAAUCAAAAUAAUAAUCAAAAUAAUGCAGUAGCAGUUCAAGUUUGUACAUUUAGUAGUGUUUUUGUAUUAGGACCAUUAAUAGGAGUAUUUGGUGGUCAACAUUUAGUUCGUGGAAAAGUAACGAAAAAGUUGUACUUUUUCGAUUCAAUUUCUGAAACUUGGAGUAAAAUGUCAUUCCUCUAUACCUCACCUGAUCCCCGUGAUAUGGCAACAGCAAAUGUUAUCAACUCUCGUGUAUAUAUUUUUGGUGGAUAUGAUGGUAGAGCAAUGAAUGAUAUGAAUGUCAUUGAAUUAUCUCCAAGAUUAAAAGCAUUAACCAAUUUUAAAUACCAUUAA